UCUAAGCAGAGGGAUUUUUAAAAAAGUUCUAUCCCGACAGUCUGCUUCUUCUCCAGAAGAAAAACAUUUCACUUUUAAGACAGACUUUUUAAUUCGGAUUUUUUUUUCCCGGACGACUUUUUGAUUCAGUUUUAUUUCUGUACUCGCGUUCUGGACGUUCAGUAAUAUCGUCGUUAAGUAAGACGUCGUUUUCACUGACAUUGAUCAGGCGAACAAGUCUCCUGUGUUUAAACAGCUAGUGUUUGUGUACACACCGCUGCUGCUGCUCCAGCACACACCUCCAGUGGUUUUAUUUUUGUUAAAAAGAGAAAUGUAGCCAAAUAUUGUUAGUUUAUUGUCCAGAAACUAGACGUUGUUUUAAAGUAACGUUAACUGAAAUACGACUUGGCGUCUGUUUUUAUACUGCAGGCUGUCGUACAAACCAAACACUUAUAAUUAGUUGACGGUAAAAAAAAAAUGAAGCCGAAGACGAAGACACGUGGUGUUGAACAGGAUGGCUCCAUUAAUGAAAUCUGUGAGCUCUGCAAGCGUUGUGAUGAUUGCCCAGACAAAUACGGAGAGAAGGUGACGCUUCAGGAGUCCAAACUCACUGUGCACUAUUUCUGUUUGCUGAUGUCUAGUGGAAUAUUCCAGCGAGGAGAGGACCAUGAAGGCAUUCAUGGGUUUCUGGUGGAUGACAUCAAAAAGGAGGUCCAUAGAUCUUCAAGGCUGCGCUGUAUGGGCUGUAAAAAGCCUGGUGCGUCCAUUGGCUGCUCCAUCAAAAAAUGUAGACAGAUGGUCCACCUUCCUUGUGGAAUAGAGCAAGAGUUUAUUUUCCAGUUCACUGACUUGUUUCCAUCUUUUUGCAGAAAGCAUCGUCCCACUCAGAUCUGCUCUUCCAGCCCCACUCUGCCUCUGUCCUGCUCCGUCUGCUUGGAGCCCAUCAAGCCUGUUCUCUCCUACUCUGUGCUCAAGUGCCCUGCAUGUCAUGGAAGUUGGUUUCAUAGGGACUGUGUUCAGAAUCAGGCCCACAGUGCUGCCUUGUAUUUCUUCAGAUGUACACUAUGCAACAACUCUGACCAAUUCCAGCAAGAAAUGCUCAGAAUGGGCAUACACAUACCAGAACGAGAUGCAUCAUGGGAGUUGGAAGAGAAUGCUUUUGGGGAACUGUUACAGGUGUAUGAGCACUGUGAUGCUGUUAAAUGUUCCUGUGAAAAAGGUCGUAGUUACAGUGCUCAGUCAGGGUUUUUUGAGAUUGUUCGUUGUAAGUUUUGCGGCUCCAGUGGAACCCACCGAAAAUGUUCUUCUCUCAAGCUUUAUGCUACCAACUGGAGUUGUGAUGAUUGCAAAGCUGCUGUUGAAGGAACAGUGUCUACGUUGCCAAACCAUGUUAAAUCACCACUAGCAGAGAGACAAGAGAAGAAAAGGCUAAUAAAAAGAUGUCUCUCCAGCAUUCGAUCAUCAUUCAUCGCUAAAAGGUUCUGUAUGGACACAAGUCCCUCCGAGAUCUUAAGGGAUCUGGCCACUCAAAUAUCAACGCAGCAGAUCACUGCAGUGCUGGUGAAAAACGAUGGGGUGGUUGAAGCUGCCCUUCAGGCUGUGCGGCAGAGUGACUUCAACCCCUGCCACACACUAUCCGUGAGCUUCAACAAAGAAAAGCAGAGCCAAAAGGUGGACACACAGCGCCGCUUCCUCAGACUCCUCCUGCAGCAAUUAAAUAAUUCGAGUAUCUUUGAGGGACCUCCCAACACUAAAAUCUUGGCUCUCAACUCACAAGCUCUGAGAGAUGAUCUGUAUUUCGAGAUUGGCAGUCUGCUGGCUCUUUCUCUGGUCCAUGGAAGUCCACCUGUGACCUUCUUCUCUCGUGCGCUCUACUACAGCUUGUUUCAUUACCCCACUGACUACAAGUUCACUGCUGAAGACAUUGGAGAUGUCAAGCUAAAACAAGCAGUCAAAAAGAUAGCACAGUCAAGCUCUUUGAUGGAACUGAGAAAAGUGGUUCUGUCCAUGAUGGACUAUUUGCAAGUAGCUGGCUGCUGGCGAAAGAUCGCUAAACUGGCUGACAAAAACCUGCUGCUGGAGGACCUUCUAAACUUUUAUUUCGUCGUAAGAAUGCAGUUGCCUCUUCAAAGAUUUUGUGAAGGCCUUAAAACAUUAGGUGUGUUUGAUCGAGUCCAGGCAUGUCCAGAGGUCUUCUGCCCAAUUUUUUGUGGCCCAGAAGAAACAAUGACUGCAGACACUAUGCUUUCCCUUUUCACUGCACGUUUAUCCGAGGAAGAAGAACAGAAAGCAAAAGAAUAUGUGACACUGGGUUUCUGGAAGCAAUACUUACAUGAGUGUGAAGAUGGACAGUGUGCUGCAUCACUAGAGGAUGUUCUCGUAUUUGCUACUGGUACUGAUCGGAUUCCUGCCAUGAGCUUUGACCCACCUCCUUCAUUAUCAUUUUUUAUGCCUCUGGAACCCUUCUUUGCCUUUCCUCAAAGUCAAACUGAAACAAACCACCUCAUUUUGCCUCUGCUCUCCUCUUAUGAUCUUUUCAAGAAGCACUUGGAAUAUGUUGUGUGUCAGAUCUCUGUAAUGCAAUGCAUGUGAAGUCUCUGAAUAUUGAUGAGUUUUUAUGUACAGCUUUCCCCAAAUUUCUCUAAUGGUGCUUAUAAUCUAAAUAUGUGUCAAAGGAAAUGGUUAACAAGGACAUACAGCCAAUGGCCAAAUGGUUGUGGACACCUGACAAUAACGUGUGCUUUUUCAACAUACUGUUCCGGACAUAGUCACAUAUUUGCUUUUAGAAUAUCCUGCACUAUUCUGGAAACGCUUUCCACUAGAUCUUGGAAUGUGGCUGUUUGUAUUUGCUCAUUUAGCCCUAAGAGCAUUAGUGAGGUCAGGCACUGAUGUUGGGUGACAAGUACUGGGGUGCGGUUGCAAUUUAUCCCAAAGGUCAGGUCAGGAUUCUGUGCAGGCCACUUGAUUUCUUCAACCUUGGCAAACAAUGUCCUCAUGGACCUCUUGAUGCACAGGGGUAUUGUCAUGCUGGAUUAUGUUUGGGCCCCUUGGUUCCAGUGAAGGGAAAUUGUAACGCUACAGUAUACAGACACGCUAUACAAUUGUAUGCUUCCAACUGUGAGACAAGGCUUGUGUAUGGAUAUGAUGGGCAGGUGUCCCACCAUGGGUCAUAUCAUGUACAAUUUUUGUUUGUUUUAUGAAUAAUAUAGUUGCUCCUUCUGUAUGUACGUCCCACUGGAAAGUUCUUUAAUAUAGUUGCUCCUUCUGUAUGUAUGUCCCAUUGGAAAGUUCUUUGUGUUGUUUUAAUCUACUCCCUUUGUAAAAUAACGUGCACAUCCCAAGUGUCAUUUAUUAUACCUUCAGGAUUAUUGCUUAUUCAUUGCUGAUGAUUAGAGCUGAGCUUGAUAUCUCAGACAUUUUGAAAUGGUUUACUGACCAAAAGUGAAAAAUUAACCCAAAGGAAGAUUGUUUGUUUGCUGUUUUCAUUGUCUGUUAAUUUUUAUCCAUACCUUCAUUCUACUGAAUGUUAGCCAUUUCUCUCAAAGCAAUAGCAUUUACUAAUGGGUAUGAAAUUUGGGGGUACAGUACAGGCAUUAAAGCUUUUGAGACCUAUACAGUGAUCAGGUACAAUUCUGAAGGCUUACUUAUGUAAAAAGUAAUCUGGUUAAAUAUUUUUCCUUAAUGGAAAAACUACUAUUAGAAUAAGUAUUGAGUAAGCAGUAGCAGGUAUAGGAUGGUGUACAUCAGCCUGAUGUAAAAGAAAGGGCUUGAUGCUUAAACACGAGAUAUUACACAGUUUUUUGUUUUCUGUAAAUAGAUGGUCAACUAUUUAGAAGUCAACUGUUGGAAUUAAAUGUGUUGUUCAAAAUGGUAAUGCAUAGUUUAUUGUAAGAUGCAUUCAAAAUGUUGGUUUAUAUAUAUUGUUUUCCCUUUUCUAUACUUUAAAGGCUGUUCAAUAUUGCACAGAAAUGGCAUGUGUUGUGGAAGCCUCCACUUUCUUUGUUUUGUAUCCUUUCCUAAAAUUGUAAUUUGUCUUUGCAGUUACAUACAACUUGAUACAAUACUUGAGACAUUCUCAGCUCAGCUUAUUGUGGUCUAAGGCUAAUCAUCAUUCUGUUUCACCUUGCAAACCAAGGCAAAUAAAAGCCUUAAUCAGUUUCAGUAACUCCUUUAACCUGGUCAAGGUCUUGGUGGAUCUUGGGUCUAUACAAGGAACACUGGCUGUUUGGUGGGGAAUACCCUGGAUGGUACGGCAGUCUAUUUCAGGGCAUAAUGCACAGACACUUUCAUUCACCUCUUCUCAUUUGCAUGUUAUUGGGAGGUAAGAGAAAAACUAUUAACCCACACAAGUCACAUAUCCUAAAGAUCAGGACCCUAGUACUGCAACACAAAUAGUAAACAGCAUAUAGUUUUUAGGAGCUAAAUGAUUUAUGGGAAGCCUAAAUAAAACAUUCACAAAUGCACUGAAAAUUUGUAUGUUUUGGAUACUUGGAGUAUGAUAUUUUCUAUUUUCUUUAGUUUGUUGUUUUUAUCUGAAAUUAACAUUCAUGAUAUUCUGUUUCUUCUGAUGUUUAAAAGCAUGUAAACAAAAUGGUAUUUAUGCCAUUUAUUUAUUAAAGACUUCCAUUUCUUCUGUUCUCAG